AUGGCUAGAACAGAGUUGUCUAAAAUUAGGCAUAUUGUAAAAGGUCACAGAUUUACCUCUAACAUUGUACUUGGUUCUCAUAGGCAAGCAACAAAAGCACUUGUGUCGCACUGCAUAAAAUACAAUUACAUAUCGUCACGCACUCUAUAUAUCCCAAAUGAUAUACGUAAUGACGUGUUGCAUACGUAUGGAGUAUCGUUGAACUAUGUGAAAGCGUGGAGGUCUUGGGAGGAAACUUUGAAACUAAUUAGGGGUGAUCUAGCAGAUUCUUUUAAUAAUAUAUCAAGAUUCUUUGUCAUGUUGCAACAUACAAAUCCUGGAACGGUCACAGAUCUGAAUCUUGAUGGUCACAAUAGGUCGGUUGUUGUGGUUGAUGGCACGUACUUAAGUGGACACUAUGGUGGGACGUUAUUUACGGCAUGUACACGGGAUGCAAAUAAUAGCAUAUACAUACUUGCUUUCAGGAUUGGGGAUAAUGAGAAUGAUGCCUCAUGGACAUGGCUCUCCGAAAACUUGAGGAAGGCGUAUGGCUAUAGAAAAGGGUUGUGCUUCGUAUCGGAUCGCCAUAAUAGCAUCAAAAAUGCUAUUGAGAAGGUGUAUCCAGAAACAUGUCAUGAAAUUUGUUCGUAUCAUCUCCUUCAAAAUCUAAAAUCACGUUAUGGAAAAUUGGGUAAAAAUAUAACACAAACAUUUAAUUCAGCUGAUCGUGCCUACACGUUGUCAGAAUACGAAUAUAACAUGCAACAGCUCGACGCGAUUAAUGGAAAGAUAAGGGAUUACCUAGACAGUGUUGGGCCUGCUAAAUGGUCACGAUUCCACAGGCCAACGAAUCGAUAUUCUACAAUGACAUCGAAUAUAGUAGAGUCGAUUAAUGCGGUCACAAAAUCUUCCAAGAACUAUCCCAUCAUAGCUUUGUUGGAGUCAUUGCGACAAACCAUACAGUCGUGGUUUUAUAGACAUCGGGAAACCGCGCAAGCCACUUUUACAACCUUGUCAAGCAAGUAUGAGAAGCAAAUGAGGGAAAUGAGCACUGAUAUGAGAAACUUGAGGGUUGCGCAUAUUAAUCAGGCAAACAUGACAGAUGGGGAUUGGGUAAAAAUUGGUCUAUUAGCUGUUAUGUGA